AUGGCGAGCCCGCCACUCAACGGGCUCCCCACCCCGGCCGGAGCCUCGGGCGACGGCGGCGGCGGCGGCGGGAGCGCGGGGGGCGGCGGCCCCAACCUCAACAACAACAACAACAACCACAGCGUGCGGAAGUGCGGCUACCUGAGGAAGCAGAAACACGGGCACAAACGUUUCUUCGUGCUCCGCGGCCCCGGGAGCGGCGCGGGUACCGACGAGCCCGCGGCGGGCAGCGCAGCUGGGGGGCAGCCGCCGCAGCCCCCCCGGCUCGAGUACUACGAGAACGAGAAGAAGUGGAAGAACAAGUCGGGGGCCCCAAAGCGGGUGAUCGCGCUUGACUGCUGCCUUAAUAUUAACAAGCGCGCCGACGCCAAGCACAAGUACCUCAUCGCCCUCUACACCAAGGACGAGUACUUCGCCGUGGCGGCCGAGAACGAGCAGGAGCAAGAGGGCUGGUACCGCGCGCUCACCGACCUGGUCAACGAGGGCCGCGCGGGUGCCGGAGACGCGCCCUCCGCGCGCUGCCUGGCCUCCGCCAGCGCCGCGUCCUGCAGCGCCUCUCUGCCCGGCAGCGGCGCCUUCGGAGGCUCGGCCGGUGCGGCUGACGACAACUAUGGGCUCAUCGCUCCCGCCACCUCCGUCUACCGAGAGGUCUGGCAGGUGAACCUGAAGCCCAAGGGCCUGGGGCAGAGCAAGAACCUGACGGGCGUGUACCGGCUGUGCCUGUCGGCGCGCACCAUCGGCUUCGUGAAGCUCAAUUGCGAGCAGCCGUCGGUCACACUGCAGCUGAUGAACAUCCGCCGCUGCGGCCACUCGGACAGUUUCUUUUUCAUCGAGGUGGGCCGUUCGGCCGUCACGGGCCCCGGAGAGCUAUGGAUGCAGGCUGACGACUCCGUGGUGGCGCAAAACAUCCAUGAGACCAUCUUAGAGGCUAUGAAGGCUCUCAAGGAGCUAUUUGAGUUUCGGCCACGCAGCAAGAGUCAGUCAUCGGGUUCCUCCGCAACGCACCCCAUCAGUGUGCCUGGCGCGCGGCGCCACCACCACCUGAUCCACCUGCCCCCCAGCCAGACCGGCCUGGUGCGCCGCUCGCGGACGGACAGCCUGGCUGCCACCCCGCCUGCAGCGGCCAGUGCCAACGCUGCCGCUGGCGCCAAAUGCAACUCCUGCCGGGUGCGCACAGCCAGCGAGGGAGACGGCAGCGCCGGCGUGCCGGGAGGAGGGGGCUGCAGGCCAGUGUCUGUGGCUGGGAGCCCCAUGAGCCCCGGACCAGUGAGGACGCCUCUGAGCCGCUCGCACACCCUGAGCAGCGGCUGUAGCGGCCAUCUGAGCAAGAUGAUGCUAGCGCCGGCAGGGGGCGCCUUGCAACACAGCCGCUCCAUGUCCAUGCCAGUGUCUCACUCUCCCCCGGCAGCCACCAGCCCUGGCAGCCUCUCGUCCAGCAGUGGGCAUGGUUCAGGCUCCUACCCGCUGCCUCCAGGCCCGCACCCGCACCUGCAGCAACCCUUGCACCACCACCACCAGGGCCAGCGGCCUUCCAGCGGCAGUGCCUCUGCCUCGGGCUCCCCCAGCGAUCCUGGUUUCAUAUCCCUGGAUGAGUAUGGUUCCAGCCCUGGUGACUUGAGAGCCUUUUGCAGCCACAGAAGCAACACUCCCGAGUCAAUCGCAGAGACCCCUCCUACCAGAGAUGGCAGCGGGGGUGAGUUAUAUGGCUAUAUGACCAUGGACAGGCCCCUGAGCCACUGUGGCCGCCCCUACCGCAGAAUCUCGGGGGAUGGAGCUCACGACUUGGACAAAGGGCUGAGGAAGAGGACGUACUCCCUGACCACACCUGCCCGUCAGCGGGCAGUGCCCCAACCCUCGUCUGCUUCCCUGGAUGAAUAUACUCUGAUGCGGGCCACCUUUUCUGGUAGCUCCGGCCGCCUCUGCCCAUCCUGUCCAGCCUCUUCUCCCAAAGUGGCCUACAACCCCUAUCCCGAGGACUAUGGAGACAUAGAGAUCGGUUCCCAUCGGAGCUCCAGCAGUAACCUGGGGACAGAUGAUGGCUACAUGCCCAUGACCCCUGGUGUGGCCCCACUAAUGGGUGGUGGCAGUGGCAGCUGUAGAAAUGAUGACUACAUGCCCAUGAGCCCCACUAGUGUGUCUGCCCCCAAGCAGAUCCUGCAGCCCCGAGUUGCAUCUUCACCCCUGCCUCCCACAGGAGCUGGGGUCGCAGCCACAAGCUCUGCAGCUGGAAGAGGAUUUCCAUUGAAUGGGGGCAGCUACAAGACCAAUUCCCCAGCUGAGAGCUCCCCAGACGACAAUAGGUACAUGCGUAUGUGGUGUGGCUCCAAACUGUCCGUGGAGAAUUCUGACAACAAGCUGCUUUCGAAUGGGGACUACCUCAACAUGUCCCCCAGUGACGCGGGCACCUCUUGUACCCCGCCUGACUUCUUCUCCGCUGCUUUGCACAGUGGUGGAGAAAUUCUCAAGGGAGUCCCUGGCUACUGCUAUAGCUCUUUACCCCGGUCCUACAAGGCUCCUUAUACUUGCAAUGGGGACAAUGAUCAGUAUGUCCUCAUGAGUUCCCCAGUGGGGCGGAUCCUGGAGGAGGAGAGACAGGAGCCACAGACCGGUCCGCAGCCACUGGGCACCCCAGUGACCACCCAAUCGGCCAGCGCCUUCGGGGCCAGUAGAGGAAGCCACAUCCAACCUCACCACCCAGUAGUGUCUUCACCCAUGAGGCAGAGCGGCAGCAGCGGCAGCCGGCCAGAGGGUUUCUUGAACCAGCGCUGCCGGGCAGUGCGGCCCACUCGCCUGUCCCUGGAGGGACUUCAGACUCUCCCCAGCAUGCACGAAUACCCUUUGCCACCAGAACCCAAGAGUCCAGGCGAAUACAUCAACAUUGACUUUGGGGAGGCGGGAGCCCGCCAUUCCCCACCUGCCCCUCCACUGCUGGCCUCAGCGGCUUCGUCCUCCUCACUGCUGUCCGCCAGUAGCCCAGCCUCCUCCCUGGGGUCCGGCACCCCUGGAACGAGUAGCGACAGCCGGCAACGUUCCCCACUCUCAGACUACAUGAACCUCGACUUCAGCUCACCCAAGUCACCCAAACCGGGGACCCAGAGUGAGGACCCUAUAGGCUCCUUGGAUGCCCUGCUCUCGCCCGAGGCCUCCUCACCUUACCCGCCUCUGCCCCCGCGUCCCUCGGCGUCCCCAUCCACGUCCUCGUCCCAGCAGCAGCAGCCACCCCUACCACCACCACCAGGGGAGCUGUACCGGCUGCCGCCAGGGUCGGUUGGUGCCACCUCCCAGGGCCCCAGUGCUGCCUCCUCUUCAUCCUCUGAGACUGGGGACAAUGGUGACUACACCGAGAUGGCCUUUGGUGUGGCUGCCACCCCACCACAACCCAUCGCGGCACCCCCGAAGCCAGAAAGUGCCCGCGUGACCAGCCCGACGCCUGGCGUGAAGAGGCUGAGCCUCAUGGAUCAGGUGUCGGGCGUCGAAGCCUUCUUGCAGGCUAGCCAAGCCCCAGACCCACAUCGAGGCGCCAAGGUCAUCCGUGCUGACCCGCAGGGGGGCCGCCGGCGGCACAGCUCGGAGACCUUCUCCUCGACCACCACUGUGACCCCCGUGUCCCCGUCCUUCGCCCAUAAUCCUAAACGCCACAACUCGGCCUCUGUGGAAAAUGUCUCUCUCAGGAAAAGUGGGGAAGGUGGCGGCACUAGUGUGGGUCUUGGAGGGGGAGACGAGCCACCCAAAUCUCCCCAUCAGUCCCAGGCAACCCUUCCUCAACAGCCAAGGCCAAGGACACAAAAUCAGCCUGGGGGAUUAAUCGGGUGCCCUGGAGGUAGUGGCUCUCCAAUGCGAAGGGAGACCUCUGCUGGUUUCCAGAAUGGUCUCAACUACAUCGCCAUUGACGUGAGGGAGGAGACUGCGCUGUUGCCACAGCAACAGCAGCAACUACAACAUCAACAACCAGGAGAUAAGAACAGCUGGGGCCGGACCCAUAGCCUGGGUGGUCUCAUCAAUGCUGUAGGUGGCAGCAGUGCCAGUGGGGUCUGUGGGGGACCAGGCCCUGGUGCCCUAGCCGCCAACACCUAUGCCAGCAUUGACUUCCUGUCGCAUCACCUGAAGGAGGCGACUGUUGUGAAAGGUGAGAAGGAAGGACUGGGAGGUCUGGGAGUGUUAGCGGGUGUCAGUCUUUCUCCUUGGUUUUUUUUUGGUAGCUUCACCUAA